GAUUAAACAUUUCUGGAACGUUCAGAAUUCAAACCUUUGGUCAUUUUUAUUGCGCAUUCCGAGGCAAAACAUUGCUGUCUAGGUAGGCAGCUCGCUAGGUUUUGAGACGAAUCGUGUUGUCUCUUGGAAGCGGCAGAGGCUUUUUGGGGGGACUUACCGGAAACCAAACUUUUUUUUUAAGCCUCAAACUUGUAACAUUGCUGAAGUCGAAAGAGGAAAAGAGCAGAAGCACCGUUACAUUUCAGCCCGCAUACAGUUCCUUGUUUUCAUCGUCAUGUUGGAUCUGAGAAAGUUCAGAAGGGAAAUCGUCACUUUUGACCCGAGAUAAAAUCCAGCGUCGAGUGUUUCUUUUGCGCAUAACGGGAUCUUUGUGAUUUUUUUUGAUUUUUUUAUCAUGGAAGAUGGUGUGAAAGAGGAGCCAGCCAAGCCCAAAGAGGUGAAGAGCACUGAGAAGGCUGGCUGGUUGAAGAAGUCUUCAGGGAGGUUUUUGAGUGGCUACAAGGACCGAUACAUUCAGCUGGAACGAACAGAGAUUGUGAUCUAUGAGAACGAGGAAUUAACAACAUGCAUGGAGAAAUUGGACCUGGACAACUAUGAUAAUUGUCAAGAGUUAAAGAGUCCAUUCAAGAAGAAGCACAGGCUGGUACUAUUACGAAACCCCAAGAGCAGUAACAAGGUCCAAGAUGUCAAAUUUCAGGCUCAAACUCCUGAAGAGAAAGAGGCAUGGAUCAAGGCACUCAGUGAAGGCAUCAACAAGGCAAAGAACAAAAUUUUAGAUCAGGUAAAAGUUGACGAAAGCUGCUCUUUAGAACAUGUUACACGCUCUCGGCCAAAAGGGAAUCGUGGAAGAAGACCACCGACCAGGAUACACAUGAAGGAGGCUGCGAAUGUUUCAAGUGAUGGAAUAUUGAGACUGGACCUUGAUGGUGACGUUACUAUGCAGAAUGGAACUCACACUCUUAAUAUGGAAGGAGAUAAACAAAACAAAACUUUGAAGCCAUCUCCAACUAUGAAUGACAUUCCUGAAGAGGACAUCGAUGAAGAUUCCACACCCAAGAAGAAAAUUAUAGAGCCACCCAUGCCGCCAUCAAAAGACAACAAACCCAGUGACAGUCAUAAAGAGGAUGAACCCAACAAUGAGAAACCUACACCCCAAAAGAAGAUCCUUAUGCCCCCGAUGCCCCCAUCAAAGCAGAAUAAACCCCAUGUCUCUGUUGAUGGAAGUGCUGUUGGAGAGAUUGCCUCAAAAGAAGAGAAAGCUGACAUCUCUGAACUGACCCCAUCCAGCAAGAACAUCCAGCCUCCAGCGCCUCCAUCCAAACAAGUGAAGUCCAGUCAAGUGGUCACACCAGCCACAGUCACAACAGAAGGAAAAGAAUCUCAAGAGAAUAAUGAUGAGGUUGACAGUAACGAUACAGUGUUUUAUUCAGCUUUAGACACUCCGAAGAGAAAUGAGAAAGAAGAUCAGGUGAAAACAGAAGUGGUAGAGGCCAUAACUCUAUCCAGUAAGAUUAUGAAGCCACAAGUCGUGAUGUGGGAUUCCCCUACUAUAGCAUCGAAAGAACGUCCGGUUGAACAAAAAGGGCAAAACUUGAAGAAAGCACCAGACACCACUGAAGAAGUUAUAACCUUAAUAGAACCUCACCAACUUAAUGUGACACCACUUUCAACUCCUGAACCAGUAAAAAAGAGUCCUGGACCCCCUGCUCCACCCAAGAAGACUUUGAAGCCACCUGUCAAAAAGGAGGACACUCCUCCACAAAAUGACCCCAUGGUCAGUGCCAACUCCAACACUUCAUCUUUGGAAAGGGUCUUGGAGCAGUCUUUAGAGAAAGAUGAUAUCAAACUGACAACUCCAGAAUCCAAAACUGAGCCAGGUGGCGAUAUGUCAAGUGAAGAGUUAGAGGAGAAGUCUUUAGACAGUGGUCAGCAUUCAGGUGAAGAGUCUGAAAUUGGGGACCAAGUCAUGUCAUCCACUGCAAAGCUGAAAGGUAGUUCCCAGGGUCUUGAUGGGGAGACAAGUGAGGAUGAUCUAGAACCAUCCGAUAGCAAAGCCGAGAGUUUAGAGGAGCCAUCCUUAGAAACUCCUACCACCACCCCAGAGAACUCCGUCCUCAACACACAUCCAACACCAAGCCAAUGUGCCAACAAGUCUCUGCUCCUAACUAUGCCUCUCAAGCAUUCCUCCAAGGCUCGCUCCGCAUCCCUGGGAGACCUCCUUGUCGAAAACACAGAGAAGAUGGAAGGCAAGGGGAAAGACAUACCAAUUAAACCACAUGGAAGUGAUGUAGAGGACUUGCAAAGUAAAGUGUCUUUUGAAAUUGAAGAGACAGAAGAGAUGCUAAACGCAAUUGCAACUGGACAGAGUAGUGACAUGGAAAUUAAGGGGAGAGGAAGUCCAGAGAUCUUGCUUACUGCAGCAAUGGAGAAGCUCAGGAAAGCAAACCAGUUCUUAAGGGAAGCCAGAAAUUUUAAAGAUCAUAACAAAAGCAACAGAUUAAGUUGGUAAUGGUAAGUAUUGGUGGAUGGAACCUAUAAGGACAACAUAAGAUUUUAUGUUGCAAUUUUUCUCCCCAACCCAAUCAAUUUGUGAAAGUCUGACCAUCUUUUUUUCUUUUUUUUUUUUUUACUUUGCCAGCUAAAAUGCCUUACAGUUUUGCUUAUGUAGCUACAAGUAGUUUAAGGAUAAACUUUGAGGUUAUUACCUCUAAAUGUUGAUCCUGUACUUGAUGGGCCUGUUGAAAAGACCAGCAUAUAUUGCAUUUUGGAUGCUGGUCCGCUGGUGUCCUUAACUAGUUUCUAGUCCUAAGCUAGUUAAGAAGCUAGUCCUUAACUAGUCCUUAACUGGCCUAACAAGCAAGACUUCAUUGGUCAAUUAGCUUCAGCUAAGCUUUGCUUGUGAACAGGAUGGCUUUGCUGGUCCAACCGCUGAACCACCACCAAACCAGCAUAAACCAGCCUGGACCAAUAUGGUCGAAGCUGGUCUUUUCCACGGGGGAUCCCCUUGACCAGUUCUUAGAGCUAAAUUUGAACAUGGUACAAUUUAUUUUGUGGAGAAACAAGCAAGCUAAAUGUUGUUUUACCUUGCUUCAGUCAAACAAUUCUUCUUAAUGAUCUUAAGGAAUUCUAAAUAUUUGUUAUUCCAUGAAUUUCUUCUUGAAGUUAAUUAUAUUUUGCACUUCAAUAGAGUCAGGUUCUGGAAGUAAAAAUCCUGUUCAUUUUUGACAUAGGCAAACUGAUUUUAAACAGUACCAUGAGCUUUGAGGUGCAUCGGUUGCAGCCAUCCGUCUGUGUUAUUUCAACUUCAUUUUUAAAAACUUGUGUUAAAUUAUGGAAUUGGUGUUGAAUAACUACACUACCCAUGUUCCUGAAGAUAAAGAUUCACCAAUCAAAGAAUCACAGACUAAAAAGCAUGCCAAAAGAGCUUCCAUGAAGCAUUGUGACUCAAUUGAGUCUCCUUACACUUACAUGUACUGUAUAUGUUUCUAUACAGUAUAUGUAAUAUUGUGAUUCACCUCGGAGCUGGUUAGUUAUGUUCAUGGCUUAGAACUCUUUUAUGAAGUACUUUAUGAAAUCCCUAUGGAAAAAAUGAAUAGGAAAAAUACUUCCAGAACCAAGAUGGCUAAAAAAUGAGCUGGCACUGUUGCACUCUAUUGACAUUAUCAGAUGUUAAAAUGUAUUGUAUGUUAAAAUGUAUCACCUCUGUUACAGACUAAUUGCCCCCACAAAUUAAAUAUACACAUAACCACUAUUAGGAUUUUUGCUCAUACAUUAGCUUUUUAUCUCACAGAGGAUUGUUGUAUGUUUUAUGCUGAAUUUUGCGCUGUAACUCCUGUAUAAAAAGAGGUGGUUCAAAUUGCUGUUUGUUUUGGGGCAUCAGUCAUUAAGCUCUGUUGUUACCAACAGACAGCUCUAAGGUAGCAAAAUAAGACUGAAAAUAAGAAAUUGCGAGGAAGGAACGACUCAGUGCUCUUAGAAGUUUUAUUUUUAUUCAGAAGCCCUACUCUCUCACUUCAGCUCCGGUGGAUUAAAAAAAAAAUAAAAGCUUCAGAAAAGUUUUCUUAAGUUUUAAUUUAACGUAUAGUUAUAUUACAGUUUAAAACUGGACAACCAGCAUAUGAUUAGCAGUGCAAUAGCUUAAUAGUGCAUUUCUGUUAGGGUUAGUACAAAUGAUAAUUUACAAUAAGUAUUCCAUUUUGUGUUAGUAUGAGGUCUGUUUUGUCUGAUUCUCACAAUAUGAUUUUAAUUGAACUUAAAAUAAUUCUAAAUGCAUAAAGCUCAUGAUGUCAUGAUUAAGGGGAUUGACACAAUAAUUCUAAAUAUAUAAAUCUUAUGAUGUCAUAAUUAAGGGAAGUGACAAUGGUAUUUUUUAAUAAUAAGCAAAGCAUUCCAUAAUCUAAUGACUACCAAUCAAUUGUUAAUUUUUAGUUAAAAUGCAUUAACUAAUGUUAAAUUUGAAAAAUGUUAAUUUGAAAAAUGUUUUAGUAUAAUUAACAUUAACUAAGAUUAAUAAUUGCUGUAAAAGUAUUUUAAGUAAUUGCAUGUUAAAUGAUGAUGUACAGUAGUUAACUAAUGUUAAUGAAUACAACCUUUUUGUAAAAUGCUACCAAUUAAUUUCCUUUUAGAUGUAAAUGUGAUCCUCCACCUUGUGUAAAUUAGAUUUAAUUCUGAUCAAACUUGUAAUAGUGCUCAGUGCCCCUUGUCCGAUUAUUACACUGUAAAAAAUGUCUGUAAUUUUAAUGGUAAAAGACUGUAAAAAUGCUAAAGUAAAAAUUGUAAUAGCUUCCUCUAUUACAAAAAGACAAUACAUCUAGUUUUAAGGUAAAAUGUUGUAAAAAUUAAAUUUUUUAGAUGUAAAAAGUAUGAUUUUCCCGUAUAAUUAACGUAAUUUAUGUUUAACAAGAGAGUACAUGUACUUUUUACGGUAAAUUAUUGUUAAAAUUACUGUAAAAAAACAGUAAUCAAACAGUAAAGGGAUGUUCUGUGUUAUAUUUGAUGUAGUUAAGUUAAUGUUCAUUGCAUAAUUUUAAAUUCACAUGUGUUAUCCUGAUGGUGUUAAGUGUUUGUUUGUGUGAGUGAGUGCCAUACAUGUUUAUUGGUCAUUGUUCCUGGAAGGGCCACUAUUGAUGAACUUCAUGUAAUCAUUUGCCCUUCUGUAAUUACUACAAUGAUUAUCAAUACAUUAAAAAGUGAAAAGCAGAUUUUUACAGUUUCAGAAGUUUAAUAUAUUCAUGUUAUCAUUUAAUAAUAUAAACGAUGGUACUGCACUGUAAAAUCUACCGUAAAAACAACAGUUUUAAACAGGUUGUUCUGUAAAGUUGUUUACAUUUUUACUGUAUUUUUUACAUAACUAUUCUGGCAACCACAGCUGCCAGUUUUUUUUUUUUUUUUUUUUGCAGUGUAGCCAUUAUAAUUUAUGACUGAAAUACUCAAUGUGGGAACCCAGAAAUCUCUUUAUUGUCUAUUUAGAGCUGCAGUUCUGUCUGUGUGCAAGCUCAAUGUGCACCCACUUCUGCAAAGCUCUUGUUCUGCAGAAGAGAGAGGUGUGAAACAGGUUAAACAUAGAGCUGUAACACUGUUGAAGACACUUUACCCAACUACUGUUUUCAUUAUCUGGCCUCCAGUGCACCAUAUAGCACAGAAAAAAGCCUCAUUAUAAUGAAAGUAUUGUUAGUUAUUUGUCUCAUGUUCUUUGUAAUACUGAUGCAGUGGGCACAGAGGUUCACUGUUCACACAGUUUAUUAAUAAUGUACAGAAACCAGUUUCCUCAUGCCUGGCCUGGCCUAGCCUGUCUGUUACUUUGAGUUCCAUUAUGCAGAGAAAAGUAGAUCUUUAUUUCCACAUGUAAUAGGGUUAUUAUAGUUAUUUGUUCAUCUGUAUACAUAUUGUGUAUAGCAAUACAUACCUAUAUAUAUAUAUAUAUAUAUUCUAUACUGUCUGCAAAACCAACUCUUGUUCUCUUUACUAUGUGUAAGAGAUGAUAGUCAAGUUAGUUUCACUUCAACUGUGUGUUUCCUAAAUGAAGAACAGGGGAAAAGUACAUUUAAAAGGCACAGUUACUCUAGACAUAACAGAGUUGAGAAUUACAGAUUAAUCCCACAAUGAAAAAGGUUUUUGUGGCUCCAUUUUGUAAGAUAUGAUCCUGCAUGUUAAUAGCGCUUGAUAUAAAGUACUUAGUCUUUUAUAAUGAAAUUAAUUUUUAAUGUUAGUUUUCUGCCAUUUUGGUCUUACGGAGUACAUUCCUUAAAAUAUUUGUUUUUUCCUUAUUUUACUCUGAUGUUGCAAUAUGUAUCAUUUAGCUCAUAUUUUAAUAAAAA